AUUUAAGCCGCAAACUUAUAAAGAUACACUCUUUUUUAAAUCAACAGUAAAGGGAAUAUGUUAUUAUUUUGUCUCAUUGCUCAUUAUAUAUAUGUGGCCACUACUUGUUGAGUACUUCCAUAAGCCUUUUUCAAGUUCUCCAUAGGCUAAAACUUUAUAGUUGAAACAUAGAAUAUGGAGUCAAUGAAGUUAAGGGCACUUGUUAUGGCCUUAAUGUUUAUGGGAAUUUUUGUUGGGCAGUCAGGUGCUGCCUUCACUGACUGUUACACUAGAUGUUUCAUUUUCUGCAUGAUUGAUCCUUCUGAGACAGUAUGCAAAUGCACUACUAAAUGCUUAAAACAGUGCAUUUUCAAUUCAGAUUCUGAUUCUGGUUCUGUUUCUACCAAUAAUGUCCAUAACAAAAUAGACAGUAGCAAUCUUAAGUUCUGUAAGUUAGGUUGUGCCUUGUCUGCUUGCUCCACUCUCAGCAAAAAACAUCAACCAAAUGGUGAAAAGAUGGAUGACUGUGUUGGAUCUUGCUCAAAGAACUGCACCAAGAGCUACUGAUGGCUUUAGAAGUGGCAUCAUUAGUGGGGUUUCGUUAUCCCUCUUUUUAUCUUUAUGAUUUCUCUUAUUCCCCUUUCUUGUUUUUCUUUUUUUCCAAAUUAAGGAUGCAAAAUCAACAGCAGAAUGUAGGUCUCGUACCCUAGUAAGAGCUUCCUAAGUGGUUAUGUUAUGUAUCAGUAUUCACCUAUUCAUAACAAUCCACUUUUGAUUUAUCUACAUUCUUAUAGCGAUAAAAUCACAUACCCAAACGCCUACUUAGAUUGAAUGAGUAUCUUUGGCGACAGUA